AACAAGUCAACGCCAUUUUGGACUUAGGCCUACUUUGCUAAUUAUGAAUUCCGGGAGACUUCGAGUACACCAUUCCCAUGAAAGGAGCUGAGGAUUUGUACCGUGGCUUUUCUUCCAUCCUUCCUCAUCCAUUUAUACGAAUUGCGUUUUUUUUUGUUUUCACGGUGUUUGAUCGACGCAACUAAUUCUGUUGAUUUUUUAAAAAAUAACCAAAGUGUGAGCUGCUCAAAUUCCUAUCUUUUGUGAAUGAAGUUGCCCACUGAGGAAGAAAAAGGUGGAUCGCAGCCAGUAACUAGUCAGGAGACGUGGUGGAGUCGCAAAGAAUUUUCUCUGCUUUGGAAGCGAAACAGCGAACGUUGUUAUUUCAAUUAGUCUAUUUUCUUAAAGCUGUCCAAAAACUCGAACCAUGGGAGCUGGUACCAAGCUUGCGUUUGUUGUAUUUUUGAUAUCGUGCUCUUCGGGUGCUAUACUUGGUCGAUCCGAGAAGCAAGUAUGCAUUAUCUAUAAUGCCAGUAGGGAUAAAGAUCGAGCAAAUAACACUGCGAUUGAGAACUGCGUUGAAGAAAAAGAUAAACGGGGACACUGUUAUGCCACCUGGAAGAACAACUCUGGUUCAGUAGAAAUUGUAAAAGGAGGCUGCUGGCUGGAUGAUUGGAACUGCUAUGAUAAGGGUGAAUGUAUCGAAACAAAAGAGAGCCCUGAGGUGUUUUUCUGUUGUUGUGAAGGAAGCAAGUGUAAUGAGAAGAUUUUUUAUGUUCCGAUCAUUCAGGAUGUACCAUCAACAUUAAAUCCCUUUACAACAAGGCAGCCACUCUUCAAUACUUUGCUUUAUUCACUAGUGCCCAUUAUGGGAUUUGCUGUGGUUGUGUUGUUCUCUUUCUGGAUGUACAGGCAUCACAAGUUGGCAUAUCCACCAGUACUUGUACCAACACAGCAUGCCUUUCAUAUAGAGAUAGAGGACCCGGGGCCAAUACCACCCUCUCCAUUGCUUGGUCUAAAGCCUUUGCAGUUACUAGAGGUCAAGGCUAGAGGGCGCUUUGGUUGUGUCUGGAAGGCUCAGCUGCUUAAUGAGUAUGUGGCAGUUAAAAUAUUCCCAGCUCAGGAUAGACAGUCCUGGCAAAAUGAAUAUGAAAUAUACUCUGUACCGGGAAUGAACCAUGAAAAUAUUUUGCACUUCAUUGGGGCAGAGAAAAGAGGUUCAAAUAUUGAUGUGGAGUUGUGGUUAAUAACAUCAUUUCAUGAAAAGGGUUCUCUGACAGACUAUCUGAAGGCCAAUGUAGUUUCCUGGAAUGAACUGUGUCAUAUUGCUGAGAGCAUGGCAAGAGGACUAGCUUAUCUUCACGAAGAUAAACCUGGUUUAAAAGAUGGACAUAAGCCAGCCAUUGCUCAUAGGGACUUCAAGAGUAAAAAUGUGCUGCUGAAAAACAAUCUCACUGCCUGUAUAGGAGAUUUUGGUUUAGCUUUGAGAUUUGAAGCUGGGAAGUCAGCAGGUGAUACACAUGGCCAGGUUGGCACCAGAAGGUACAUGGCUCCAGAGGUCUUGGAAGGUGCCAUUAACUUUCAACGUGAUGCAUUCCUCAGGAUAGAUAUGUAUUCAGUGGGUCUUGUGCUCUGGGAAUUGGCAUCAAGGUGCACAGCUACUGAUGGGCCAGUAGAUGAAUAUAUGUUGCCAUUUGAAGAAGAAGUGGGACAGCAUCCAUCCCUUGAAGAUAUGCAAGAGGUGGUUGUGCACAAGAAGAUGAGGCCUGUUUUUAGAGAAUAUUGGCAAAAGCAUGCUGGAAUGGCCAUGUUGUGUGAGACAAUAGAAGAAUGUUGGGAUCAUGAUGCAGAAGCAAGACUGUCGGCAGGUUGUGUUGCAGAACGUAUCACUCAGAUGCGAAGACUUAUGAGCACAAUUACUACAGACAACAUAGUGACAGUAGUCACUAUGGUUACAAAUGUUGACUUUCCACCCAAAGAAUCUAGUCUAUGAUGGUUUCAGAUGUCAUAAACCAGACCAUCAGACUCUGCAGUAGAGCUGCUAUCUCCUGAAUUUAUUUCACUGGUUACAACAAACAUUUCAGUAUCUUGUCCUUACGCACUUAACAGAACUGAUAGCCAUUGCAGUGGCAAGUGGACAAUGGAGGCAACAGGUACUACAGUCAGUGAGUCAGUCAGAGGUGAUGUUGAAGAUAAGUGAUUGUUGGAAAGAUCACUUACUAAUUCAUUACACGCAUCACUCGGGAUACUGGAAGGUAACUCUUACUUCCAGCAAAUAAAGCUAAGCAUGCGUCAAACGUUGCUCUCAAAUUUGACAGCGUGCGCUUAAGUAAAAGGAGUGCAUCAGAUAACUGGCUUAUCAUGAAGAUGUCUCAGUCACUCAGAUGGGUUACUGUUAAUUUUUAACAAUAGUACAUUUGAUUUCAGAAAGAAGUGCGAUUCAUUUUUAUUGCAUUUAAUAUUUGCGUUCACAAAGAACUAUUGUAAUGCCAAUAUGACAUAGCUUGUGAAUGUUCAGUGUGCUGCUGUUAUACGUAUAAACAAAUCAAGGUUUUUUGGGACAUAGCAAAGAAGCUUCAAGCAUUACAUUGUAACCAUAAACCUCCCUCAACCAGGUAUACCUCAGUUUCCAUAUUUGAUAAACUAUAUUAGAAAUUUUAGUUUAACACUAACUGACUUUAAUUGACAGUUGACCUUAAUGUGAUUUGUGUAUUAAUUCACUACAAUUUAAAAAGAGUAAACUAUACCUUUCUAUGCCAAUGGGAGAAGGCUGUUCAAAAAAGUGCUUCUGCCUUGUUGUACAUGCUCCAGGUAAUUUUUAUCAUGCAGUUGUCCGCUUUUAAUAGCUCCUUUGCUACGCGAAGCUUUGGAAAUAUCUUUUUGCCCAAAAUUGGCUUUCAUAAGCACUUAUUUUAGAUUUGCUGUGUCUAUAGAGAGUUGGAAGAUUUACGCAUGCUGUUCUGUUUUUAAAUUUGCAAGAUAUAGUUAACACUGGAGGUGUUUUUUAAAAAUUUGAAUGCUUUUAUUUUGGAAAGUAAUAUAUCCUUUUGUUUUCUUUUAUUACACAUGUAAAGUGAUUUUGCAUACCUAUUAUAAAUGCAGUCAUUAAUCUACUGUGUCACUGUACCAACAUAACCUCAGGAAUUUGUUACCUGAAACCCUCUCUGUUUUGAGUUGUGGUGACAAUCCUACACUAAUCUCAGUGCCAUUUCAGUAAACCUAGGAAAACUUACAAGGCAACAGAGGUUUUUGUUUUAAAGAAAUAAUAUAUGCAAUGGAUACGUAAACAACUGACAGGUACUAACUUCUGUUCCUCUGUAAUACAACAGUUUUAUACUUAUUGCAAACUGACAUGUCAAAAUUCACCACUGCAUUUGCUGCUCAAUUUACCUAUUUCAGGGCCAGGGUUCAAUUACAUUUAACCAAGUGUAAACCAUGCAUUGCAUUGUUACAGGUCACCUAAAUGCCUCAGUAGAAAACUGUAUAACGUGGGUGAUCACCAAGACCAAUAAACCUCCACCGACUGCAAGUAGUGAUUAGGUGCCAAAUAUUCUGGAUAGAUGACACUAAAGUCUUUCCUACAUUUCUGCCAACUUUACAUUAGGAUCACUCAUCAGGCUAUACUUGAGUAUUAUAACAAAUGUCCUCAAUUAUGGUUAACUUCAUUUUGAGAAUAAUUAUUGUAAAUGAAUGGGAAAAAAGUCAUGUUUUAAAAAGUCUCAAUAUUCUAAAGAGAGUGAGUAACCAGCUAGAGGUUAAACACAAUGGUACCAGUGAUAUUGUAGAGAGAAGGAUGAGAUCCUGCAAAAUAAAUUAAAGGAUGUAGGUAGUAGAUUAAAUAUCAGAGUCUGUAAGGUUGUAAACUCUGGGUUGCUUCCAGUGUCUUGCACUACUGAGUGGAGGAAUAGGAGAGUAUGUCAGAAGAAUGGAUAGCUAAAGGGAGGAGGGAGGUCUUUGGAUUUUUGGAUCAUUGGGAGCAUUUUUAACAUAUGUGGGAUCUGUACAGGAGGAUGGGUUGCACCUGAAUCAGAAUGGGCCCAAAAUCCUUGUGGGAGUUCUGCUCAUGCUGUAGGAGAGGUCCUAAACUAAUUUAGUAGGAGAAUGGAAUGCAAAAGGAUUGUGGAGCUGGGAGGGAAUAUACAAGAAUAACUAGAUCUGCCUUGUAGGCUGAAGGUCUGGUGAGUUAAAUUGCAUUGAUUUUACUGUAAGGAGUUUAACUGGUACUUGGGGUUGCAGUGUUGUAGCUAUCACCGGGACAUUGUUGAAGUAGGAGCAAAAUCGGUGUCUCCAUCUUCCAGGGUAUAGAAUCUUCAGGCAUGGUGAGGUGCAGAGGGGGAUAUAAAAGAGGAGUUGGUAUUGCAGUGAUGAUUAAUGACACUGUCACAGCAGUAACAAGGCAGGAUAUCCUAGGGAAAUCUGCAAAAGGGGCUCUGUGGGCCUUAGAGCCAAAGAGUGACACAGCAUGGAAGCAUUCCAACCACAGUAUCCUCUCUGCAAGUGCCUCUCCUCUGUGUAGCUAUCAGAGUGCCUCUGGAAUUGUGGAAUUGUGCAAUUGUAACCUCCUUGACCAUUUCCUAGGGCUGCUGUUACCAGAUACCCACUACCCUCUGUGUAAAGAAGCGACUUCUCAGGUUUCUUUUUAAAUCUCUCCCUUAUCUUGUAUCUGUGCCCUCUAGUUUUGGACUAAAAAAUGCAGAAUAUUUUAAUCCAAAACAUAAACUUUUGGGAGAAAAUAUUAUGACUGCUUACCUUGCACAUUCGCCUCAUAAUUUAACAAGUUUCUGCAGUCACUACCACCCCCUCCCCAUUCUCCUGCACUGCAGGAAUUAAAGAUCCAGCAUGGUCAACCUUUCCAUCUUGUCCAAGCAGCAUCCUUGUAAAUUUCUUCUGCAGUCUCUCCAGCUUGACGAUGUCUUUCCUACAACAGGGUGAUCAAAACUCUUCACAAUGCUCCUUGUGCGACCUCACCGAAGACUUGUAUAACUGCAACAUACUGUCUGUAUUCUUGAACCUGAUGCCCUGACCGGUGAAGGCCAGCAAGCUAAAUCCUUUCAUUGCUGCAUUCAACUUUUGCUCUUCUACUCCCAGGUUCCUCUGGUCCGCAACACGUGGAACCCUAUCAUUCAUUGUAUAAAUAAAACACUGGUUUGACUGUCCAAAAUGCAACACAUCACACUUGGAUAAGUUUAAAAUCCUCUUGCCAUUCCUUAGCCCAUCUCCCAAACUGAUCAAGAUCUCUGUUCAUUGUAACCUACUUCACUAUCAACACAUCCCAGUUUAGCUUGCUAAUCAUGCCAUAUGAUGCAAAUCAUUUACAUAAAUAAUAGCCAGUCAAACACUGAGACCUGGCGCACUUCACUAGUCACAGGCUUCUGUCAGAGAUUCAAAAUUCAACCAUCAACUUCUGCUUCCAAUAAUCAGUCCACUUUUGAAUGCACCUUGCUAGCUCCCCCCGAAUCCCAGGGAACCUAACCCUCCCGAGCAAUGCAAUCAAAAUGCUGGAAGAACUCAGCAGGUCAGGCAGCGUCUAUGGAAAAGAGUACUUAUGGAAAUGAGUCCUGAAGAAGGGUCUUGGCUGGAAUUGUCGCCUGUUUACUCUUUUCCGUAGAUGCUGCCUGACUUGCUGAGUUCCCACAGCAUUUUUUGUGUGCUGCUCUGGAGUUCCAAACUCUGCAGAUUUUCUUGUCAUUGUCAUUCUCCUGUAUGAUGAAGCUGGGCAAUUGGAUGAAGUAUCAGUGGACACAAUGACAAUAUACAAGUUUUAAAUUAAUUAUGGAAAGGAGCAAAAUUUCUGGCCCUAAAUUAGGGGAAAGUUAAUUUCAACAAAAAUGCUAUUUGUGGGUUGGUCUACACCCGACAAAUGGCAUCAUAAAAGUGAGUGAAAGUUCAAGGCCAACAUGUUACUGUAAAAGUGAGUGUGGAAUCCUAGAUGUGAAUGGACAUCAAAGAUUUUAUGAAGAAAGAAAAGGUAGGGUAGGGUAGUUUUAGAGUAUAGAAAAUAGGGAAGGCUCUUUGGGAGAAUGUGAAUGUAGCAAUGGUGGUUAAGAAGAAUUUUUGAGGAACAUGAAAUAUCACUGGCAAAUGAGAUCAAGGAAAAACCCUAAAGAAUCUUUAAGCAUAUUUAGAUUAAGACCAAAGCCAGUGACGUUCACCAGAAUGGAACUGAGGAUGGGGUGUCUCAGGUAUUGAAUAAGACUGAUAGUCUAGGUUUGUUUUCCUUGCUGCAAAGAAGGCUGAGUGGAGAUUAAUAGAGAGGAAGACAGUAGUAACUUUCUCCCCAGUGUAAAGAUAUCUAUAACCAGAAGGCACAGAGAAGCAAGAGUUUUAGAGGGGAUCUUUCCAUCCAGUGAGCUGUUACCAUUUGGAAGCGAUUGCCUGAGAGGGUGGUCCAAGAGUCAUACAAUCUUAUAAUUCCAAAGCACCUGAUUUUUUUAAAAACUUGAG